UGACAAGGAAGGGAACCAACAGGACACGGGCUUAGUGGCUAAACAGGCUUCAAGAGUACGUUUCAGAAUGGGACACUGCCACUGAACGUAUGUGGCAUGAACAAGAAGCAUUUAAUCUCGCUGAAUACAAUGCAUAUUUGGAUGAGUACAUGAGAAGAACACGAUUACGCAUUGUUCAGCAUUCCAAUACAGAUGAGAUUCCGGACCCGCAUACGUCUGAUAUGUACCCGACAUAUGAUACUUUUGGUUCCAGACAGUAUGCGGGUGAAUUGGCAUACGGUCUUCAUACUGACGUGAUGAACUUUGAUCGACAAUUGUCAAUUGGACCUCUUCUGGUACAUAGGUCUCAGAUUCAACCAUGGGUCAAGCGGCUCGAGCAGAGGAUAAAAGAUAUCUAUAGAGCUAUCACGUGCACCCGCACUUCGGAUGUUGUGCAACACCAGCCGCAGUCUACGCAGCUGCCGCGUCACUCCAUGCAUCGACAUCAGCCGCGUCACUCCAUGCAUCGACACCAGCCGCAUCCACGUCUACAAGGAGUGGAACCGAUGCCACAUCCACCCCCACCUGACCAGCCUGGCAGUUCGGCGUGGCAUCAGCCACAACACCAUGCUCCGUCAUCAAGCUUCAUGUUUCAGCCAACUCCGCAACAUCACAAUCCAACUCCUGGUUUCAUGUUUCAUCCACAUCCAACAGGUAUGGUCCCUCCUGCAGGAUCCUAUGCAUAUCAUGAUGCGUCGGCGUCCGGAUCCGGGUUAGGGAGUGAACCAGAAGAGCCACCAUCGCAGCAAAACAUGUGGUCAAACAUGUUUUCGACUCCUCCACCAUGGCCCACACAGGAUACACAGUAUGACCAGGGUGGAUCCGAGAUUCCUCCUCGUAACAUUAGGCCCCCCACAGGUGGGGAUGGAGUACGCCUCCCACACCCCAGAGCGCCAACCGAGACGUCGUCAGUGAAGCUGACUCUUCCCUUCUAUGUAUCACUGCACACUUAUGUGUAUUUUAUGUAUGAGACUUAUGUGUAUUUUAUGUAUGAGACUUAUGUGUAUUCUAAGAGACAUAUUCAUAUCUAUUUCUAUGCUCAGUUGGUUCAUCGUGGAUAA